AGAGAGAGAAAACUCUUUGUCCUUGAGAAAACCAACCGCCAUGUUUCCCCAAAUCCUCCUCUCUCUCUCUCUCUCUCUCUCUCUCUCUCUCCCCACCCUUUUUUCUUCUCCAAAGACCCAAACAUAUUUCUUCUCUCUGCAACUCUCUCUCUUUCUCUCUCUCUCUCUCUAAAACUCCACAAAUCCCACUUUGUUUUCCACUGUUCUUAAUUUUUUUUUUUUUUUUAUAGAAAAGAGAAAAAGAGAUAGAGAUAAGCGAGGAAGAUUCUAUUCGCCCCCCAUCUUUCAUUUCUUUCUCUGUCUCUCUCUCUCUCUCUGUUUACUAAUUCUUCUCCUUCCAUCUUAUUCUUCUAAUCUCCUCCGUACCAUCUCCCAAGAGAAAACAAAACACUUUCGCCAUCUCCUACUCCCUCCCCUCAUCCCUCCCUCGCCUCUUCUAUCCUUCUUGUUUUCUGGUCCUAUUUUAACUUAUUUACGGCUGGUUCAUUUCUCCCCUGUUUUCCUCCAAAUUUCGUUGCGAAUUUUGUCCGAAUCGAUCGAAGAGAGCACUCGGGUUUUGCUCUGUAGGGAAGGAGGAGGAUUGUUGAUGAGGAGUUGAGAUCAUGCGGGGGAGGAUCUGAGAAAGGAGGGAUUUUGAUGCGGUGGAGAUGCGAAAGGUGAGGUUUUGAUGCAAAUCCGAUGCGCGUGAGGUGUGAAAGAUCCGAUUUUUAUUGUUAGGAGUUGGGGAUUUGGAGGGAGGGAGAGAGAGAGAGGGGUAGAGGUAGAGGUAGAGGUAGAGGUAGAGGUAGAGGUAGAGGUAGGUUAGGUGGAGAGGAUGAGGGCGGAGCUGAGCACGAUCCAGCAGACGCUGACGCCGGAGGCGGCGGCGGUGCUGAGCCGGGCGAUGGAGGAGGCGGCGCGGCGCCACCACGGCCAGACGACGCCGCUGCACGUGGCGGCGACGCUCCUCGCGGCGCCCUCCGGCCUCCUCCGCCGCGCCUGCGCCCGCUCCCACCCGGCCUCCGCCCACCCCCUCCAGUGCCGGGCCAUCGAGCUCUGCUUCUCCGUCGCCCUCGAUCGCCUCCCCUCCAAUCCCAACCCCGGCCCCAAUCAGAACCCCGGCGGCGGGGGCGCGGCGCCGCCCAUAUCGAACGCGCUCAUGGCGGCGCUGAAGCGGGCGCAGGCGCACCAGCGGCGCGGGUGCCCCGAGAGCCAGCAACAGCCGCUCCUCGCCGUGAAGGUGGAGCUGGAGCAGCUCCUCCUCUCCAUCCUCGACGACCCCUCCGUGAGCCGCGUCAUGCGCGAGGCCUCCUUCUCCUCCACCGCCGUCAAAUCCGCCGUCGAGCUCUCCCUCUCCGCCUUGGCGGGAGACCCGCAGAGGAGGGAGGAGGAGGCGCGCAAGGUGUUCGACGUAAUGCUCCGGUCGAAGAAACGCAACCCGGUCCUCGUCGGCGACACCGACCUCGACGCCCUCGUCAAGGAGGUGUUCCGCAGGAUCGACUCCGGGGACGCCCCCGCGCCGCUCCGCGGCGCCCAAGUCGUCUCCUUUAAGUCCGAGCUCGCCGCCCUGCCCGACAAAUCCCAGAUCCCGACGCGCAUCCGCGACCUGGGCGGCGCGCUCAUCGGCGAGCGCAGCGUCGUGCUCGACCUCGGCGACCUCGCGUGGCUCGUGGAGAGCCCCGCCAGAUCGCCGCCGAUCGUGUCCGAGACGGGGCGCGCCGCCGUCGCCGAGAUGGCGGCGCUCCUCAAGCUCUUCGCCGGAGCCUCCGACGCCGGCGGCGUCGAAGGGGGUCGGCUGUGGCUCUUGGGGACGGCGACGUGCGCCACGUACCUCCGGUGCCAGGUGUACCAUCCCACGGUCGAGCACGAUUGGGAUCUCCAAGCCGUUCCCAUCGCCCCCAGAUCCCCCCUCCCCACCAUGUUCCCAAGGAUUGGGGGGAACGGAAUCCUCAGCAGCUCGGUGGGGUCCCUCGCGCCGCCCAAGGCCUUCGCCCCGAUGACCCAGCUCGGUGCCGCCCUCGUGCCGCCGCCUAGGCGGGCCCCGGAGGCCCCCGCUGACCCGCCCGCGCAAGCCGCCAUGUGCCACCUCUGCCUGCGUAGCUACGAGCUCGAGCUCAAGAAGCUCGUCGCCGAGGAGUUCAGCAGGUCGGCCUCUUCCAAGCCACCGCCGCCGCCACCACCGCCACCGAUGCCUCACUGGCUCCAGCUCGGAACUGCCGCGAAAGCACCCGAUUCCCAGCAAAUUCCGUCUAAAGAGCAGGAGGACCUUUCGUGGAAGAAGAGCACCGAGGAGCUGCAGAAGAAGUGGCGUGAGACGUGCUCGCGGCUUCAUCCGGGCUUCUCCGAGAAGCCGUUGGCCCCCGCGCUCGCCAUCCCUUCGGCCGCCUUCGGUUCUCGCCCGCUGAUUAAUCCCAAGUUAGCUCUUCACAGAAGCCCCGCCCCUAGCUUAUUGGUCGAGCAGCAGCGGCAGCAGCAGCUGCAGCAGCAGGCCGCGAGCCCUCCUGGAAGUCCCGUGAAGACCGAUCUCAUCCUCGGUCAGUCGAGGCUUUCGUCUGAUUCUUCUAUCGAGAAGCCGCACAAGGACCGCGCAAACGGGCUUUCCAACGAACAGAAAGCGAAGGUCGCCGGAAUCUCUGACAUCGACUCCUUCAAGCGGCUCCUCAAGGGGCUCGCCGAGAAGGUCGCGUGGCAGCACGACGCAGCCACCGCCAUCGCAGCUGCCGUGAUACAGUGCAAGUCCGGGAACGGGCGACGGCGGGGCACGGGGCCUCCGAGGGUCGACGCGUGGCUCCUCUUCGCCGGGCCCGAUAGGGUCGGGAAGAGGAAGAUGGCGGCCGCACUCUCUGAGCUGGUGUUCAGCACCGGCCCGGUGGUCAUACACUUUGGCAGCGAUCGCGGUGAGUCCAACUGGGGGAAGACCGCUCUCGAUCGGGCUAUCGAGGCCGUCCGUCGGAACCCUUUCUCGGUGAUCGUGCUCGAGGAUUUUGACCAUGCAGACAUGAUCGCCCGCGGGACCAUCAAACGCGCGAUAGAGAGCGGGCGCCUGUCGGACUCCCGCGGACGGGAGGUUGGCCUCGGGAGCGUUAUCUUCAUCCUUACGACAGAUUGGCUCCAAGAUGAGAUGAAAACGGCCGAUGAAUCCUCCGUCCGGUGUGAUCAGAAGAUUCUCGACCUAGCGAAUUCCGAAUGGCAGCUGGAAAUUUCGAUUGCGGACAAGCCGACCAAGCGCCGAACGGAUUGGCCACGUAACGACGAUCGGCCGACAAAGCUACACAAGGAAUUGGAUGGCAGUGCGGGCCUCUCACUUGACCUAAAUUUGGCGGUCGGAGGGGGUGAAGACGAAGCCGGGGAGGGCUCGCGAAAUUCGAGCGAUCUCACGGUGGAGCACGAGCACGAGAAGGGCCGGCUCGCGAUCAGGUGUUCGACAUCGUCCCCUGCUGCCGAUUUUGUGGAGCUGGUGGACGACUCUGUAGUGUUCAUGCCGGUUGAUUUUGCCCCGUUGAAAAAGGAAGUCCUGGACUGCAUAUCGGCAAAAUUCGCGGCGAUAAUGGGCGAUCGAUGUUCGAUCAGGGUUGACGAAGAGGCCGUCGAUCGAAUAGUCGGGAGAGUGUGGGUCGCCGAAGUGGAAUUCCGGGAAUGGGUAGAAACGGUUCUCGUUCCGAGCAUCGAGCAGUUGAAGAGCAACUUAUGGUCCGAGGACAAUCGGACGGUUUUCCGGCUGUCGGCAGUAAGGAAGGGGGCGGCGAGGAGGGACGGCAUCGGAAAUGGGCUACCGACGACCGUCGCGAUCGCCGUCGACGGGUUGUAGAGGGAAAGGUUGAUACAAAGUAAAUGUUUUUAGGGGGGUUGAUGUGUAAAUAUAGUAGGGCAAAAUACUUUCUUGUUAGCUAAUUGGGAGGUUAAUGUGAGAGGAGAGGGUUCUUUAAAUCUUAAUUACCAAUAGGCAUGGAGAGUAUAGUUUUUAACACCAAUAUGAUUUUAUAAUUUUGGACAUAUUUGUAAUAUGUUCUUUGAAAUUCUUUUCUUAUACUUAAGUUACAUAUUUUUGAAAAAAGUUGGUGACA